AUGUGUGACAUUCCCUUCUUUCCGAUCUUUCCAAUAUGUUUCCAAUGUGGCACUGAUCAGAAUCCGUGCCACUGCAAGGUGGUUGGCCCGACGCUUGGAUUCUGCUCAACCAUUGUGGCGGCGGUAUUCUGCUGGCCUCUCUCAAUCUUCUGUGGCUGUGGCUGCACUAAGACCGGAAAAGACAUGCUGGGAUAUCCUGUCAAACUUAACGGGCAGGUUAGCAAUGCCAUACCAUUCUGA